AUGUACAACCACAGAAAGCCAGGCUCCAGGCGUUCAAACAACAGGCCAGGGACCCACUGUUGUAACAUCAAGACCAUCUGUCAGUACUUCAAGUACAAAUGUGCCUUUCACCACCACAAGAGAAGCAACAUCUACUCCUUCAGAAACGGCAGCAUCAGAAGCUACAACACUCACAAUUGUGACAACAAAACCAUCAAAAGUAGUUACAUCGGGACCAAAACGGCAGCAUCAGAAGCUACAACACUCACAAUUGUGACAACAAAACCAUCAAAAGUAGUUACAUCGGGACCAGUAACAUCCUCUACCACAGCUGUUGUUGAAACCACCAGCCAGGCUCCAGGCGUUCAAACAACAGGACAAGAAACCACUGUUGUAACAUCAAGACCAUCUCCAGGCUCCAGGCGUUCAAACAACAGGCCAGGGACCCACAGUUGUAACAUCAAGACCAUCUGUCAGUACUUCAAGUACAAAUGUGCCUUUCACCACCACAAGAGAAGCAACAUCUACUCCUUCAGAAACGGCAGCAUCAGAAGCUACAACACUCACAAUUGUGACAACAAAACCAUCAAAAGUAGUUACAUCGGGACCACUAGCGGUACAACUUCUAUUGGUCCUGUAUCACAGACACUCCCAGGCAGCACAACUGUUUACACAGCUGGUGCAACCCCCACAGUAACCAGAACCACAGUUUUUUCUGCGUCAGCCUUUCCUACAACAUCAACAUCAUGUGUCUGCAUUGUCAACGGAACUUCACAUUUUCCUGGGGACUUGGUGUACAAUGUCACUGAUGGCUUAGGGUGGUGCUAUGUUGCAUAUUGCAAUGUAUCUUGUAAAAUUGAGACACAAUCCAAUCUAUGUCCCAUAACACCAAUACCCAGCACUACUGCACACCCUACUACUACAAUAUCCAGCACCACUACAAAGGCCACAGGUUCCAGCUCAGUUCCUCUGAUCACAACUAUUCCUACCUCCAGCUUUUCUUCAAGUACAUCAACAGCUUCAUCGACUCCAGCUUCCCUUGAUUGCAAUGAUGAGUAUCCACCAAGAAAGAAUGGAGACUCCUGGGAUGUUGGCAACUGCACUACAGCUAUGUGCACUAAUGGAACGAUUACAACAAUGCCAACAGUCUGUCCCACUGUGCAGCAACCCAUCUGUGCCAAUGGACGCAGAGUUUCCAGGAUCUAUGAUGAUAAUGGAUGCUGCUUUCACAAUGAAUGUGAAUGUGUGUGCGAUGUGUGGGGAGGGUCCCACUACUUGACAUUUGAUGGAAAAUCCUACGAUUUCAACAAGAACUGCUCUUACUACCUGGUCAAAGAGAUUAUUGCUAAAUAUAACCUGACUAUUAUAGUUAAUCAUGAUUGUGAUUCAUCAGACAGUACAUUCUGUCCCAUGGCUCUUACUGUUGCAUACAAAUCCUUCACGGUAGUUUUGACUCAGCUUAUGUCUUCAGGCAUAUCAACUAACGUGGUGUUUGUCAAUCAGAAGCGCAUCUAUCCUCCCUAUAAGAAUUCUGACCUGCACAUCACUAGCACAGAUGUAAUCAUCACAUUGGAGUUACAGGACAUUAGCACAAAAAUUGUUUAUUCAGGCUCUUCAUUGAGCAUUGACCUUCCCUAUUCCCUCUUUGGGGGAAACACAGAAGGACAGUGUGGUACGUGUGAUAACUCCCAGGCAAAUGAAUGUCGUUCUCCAAAUGGCCAGGUGGGAAGUUGCUCAGACACUGCAGGCCUGUGGCAGGUCCCAGAUACACCCUGUGUCACACCCACAGUCCAGCCCACACCCAGGACCACAUCAGAAGCCCCAUCCUCAACACAACCUGCUUGCAAACCUGCUAUCUGUGAUCUACUAACCAGCAGUUUAUUUGCACCAUGCCACACGGUUGUACCCCGAGGACCAUUUGUGACCUCAUGUGUGUCUGACGUUUGCGAUGGUAGCAGUAACAGCUGCUCCAGUUUGGAGGCUUAUGCCACUGAGUGCGCUAAUAAAGGAGUCUGUGUUGACUGGAGGAAUGCUACCAAUGGGCUCUGUGAGCCCAAGUGUCCAAGCAACAAAGUGUACGUGGCCUGUGGUCCCUCAGUAGAGCCUACAUGCAAUGACAGAUACAACGAGCAGUUCCAAGCAGAGGCAUCCACUAACUAUACUAAGGAGGGUUGCUUCUGUCCUUAUGGCACCACUUUAUUCAACACAGUCUAUGAUACAUGCGUUACCUCCUGUGGUUGUGUUGGACCAGAUGGAAAACCCAAACAGCUGGGUGACACUUGGACAAGUGACUGCCAAACCUGUGUCUGUGACAAGGAUUCCAUGAGCAUCCAGUGUGAACCUGUUCAAUGCCAGUCAGUACAAAGCCCUAACUGCAGUGAGCCUGGCCAGCAACUGGUGAACAAUACAGUGAACUGCUGCACAACACAGUCAUGUGAAUGCAAUGUAAACCUGUGUCCUGCUCCUGUCACCUGCCUGCUGGGCUUCCAGCUGAGCAUCACCAGUGGCACCUGUUGCCCUACCUACACGUGUGUUCCUAAAGGUGUAUGUGUCUAUAACAUGACUGAGUACAUGCCUGGUACCAAGAUCCCAGCGCCAGAAACACUAUCAGAACCCCCGCUGGAAGCACCAACAGAAGCACAAUCAAUGCUAGCACAAACGGAAGCACCAUCAGGAGCUGGAGGAACAACAACGCCAUCAGAGUCCUUGAUGCCCGGGCCCUGCCAGGAAUGUUACUGUAGCCCCCAAAUGGAUCCUGUCACCAAGCUGAACAUCAUUACCUGCACACCUGUCGUCUGCAACACAAACUGUUCUGCUGGUUACAAAUAUGUGACUGAAUCAGGAAAGUGCUGUGGAACAUGUGUUCAGACGAGCUGCAUGUUCACCACACCUGACGACGUGACGGUGCACGUCAUCGAGGUCAACAGCUCUUACAUACCUCCUAAUGACAAGUGUGUGCAGUACACCUGUGAGGAGAUCAAUGGACAGCCUGUCACCAAAGAAACCAAGACUACUUGUCCUCCCUUUAACUCCUUGGACUGUGAACCUGGCACUGAGACAACUAAUGCUAACGGAUGUUGCAAAACCUGCAAGAUCCGGAGUGUGUGCGAGGUCCGGAGCGAGGAGAUGGUCAUUGAGGUGAACAGCUGCAAGAGCGCACAGCCGGUUAACCUCACGUACUGCGCUGGACACUGUGGAAGUUUGUCAACGUACUCUGUGGCAGCCAACACAAUGAUGCACGAGUGUGAGUGCUGCCAGGAGGCCACCACCAGUGUGCAGCAGGUGGAGCUGACCUGCACUGAUGGCACCAAGCUGCAGCACAGCUACACCAUGGUAGAGACGUGCCAGUGCAGCAAAGCAGAAUGUGGGGCAGGGACAACGGCCAAACCACAGCGUCGCAGGAGACGCUGAUCAACUGUAACUUAAAUGCUUUACAAGACCCAAGACCACCUUUAACAUGCUAUAUUGCACCAGGUUUUCUUAUUUCUGGCUCAACAUGUAUUCUUUUUCUAUGUCACACCAUACCACUGUGAUGUAAACUUUCUUCAGAUUUGAUCUUCUUGAUGAGAAACAUUAAAAUCUUUC